UAAAUCAACUAUAACUGACUGAAUUAGUUGUCUGUCGAUGCUGUGGGAAAAGCGUGCCAGGUGCUGUCAUCGUGGGCAAUGCCAGUCCGAGAGUGAACUUAGAUUUAGCAGGCGAUAGACCCAGUGACGUUCACAAGUGAUAAUUACAAGUAGAUUAGAGGAGCGAACGCGACGCGACUGAUGCUAAAAGUGCAGCAUCAAGCAUAAAGCUCAAAUGCCAUAUCACGUUUACUGCAUAUAUAAGCAGAGUGCGAGCUGGAGAAAAGCAACAGAAUGUUAUAGUCUCUGCUGGCGUGUAGUAGCUCUAUAAUAGCUGAUCAAAUCAAUAUGUGCUUCAAAUUUGUUGCGGUAGUGCUGCUUAUUGCUGCAGCAAAUGCUCAAAACAACAGUAUUGAGGAGAACUAUGAUUCGGAGAUGGAUGAGUUUAUGGCACAGGUGCCCGAUCCUGAGAAUAUAUCCAUUGGUAUACGCAGCGGCUUUGGGGAAGACGAAGUGAAGGAUGCUGACCUGCUGGCCACACUGGAGGAUGAGUACGAGACCACCGAGCCUUGUGUGUGGAAUAAAUGCGACAAGGAUCUGAACGAGAAGCACGGCAUUGGCCACUUUCUGGACUUGUCGUUAAUCAAGAAGAUCGCUCGUAAUCUGAAUCCAUUUCGCUCACGAGACCAUCGCAUGCAGUUCUAUUUGUUCCAGCGCGAGUUCCCCGAAUGCGGACGCAAAAUUGACUUUAACAAUGAGAAGAAGUGGCGACACUCUGGAUUCAAUAGCUCGCUGCCCACUCGAAUCAUUGUGCAUGGCUGGAUGAGUCAGUCGCGUGGCUCCUUCAAUAGGGAUGUGAAGAAUGCGUAUUUAAAGCAUGGCGAUUACAAUGUGAUCGUAACGGAUUGGAGUGCAAGCUCCGCCAAUAUCAACUAUUUCUUCGUGGUGAAGUUAAUUGAUGAGUUUGGUGCUCAGUUGGCUCAGUUCACACGCGAAUUGAAUCGGAACUUUGGGGCUAGCUACGAUGAUAUGUAUGUGAUUGGACAUUCGCUGGGUGCCCAAAUAGCGGGUUCUGCUGGCAAAUUCCUGAAGCCCGAUCAGUAUAAUACCAUCUUUGCUUUGGAUCCGGCAGGUCCCUCGUUUCGGGAUCGCAGUCCACAGUUUCGCAUUGAUGCCAGCGAUGCACGAUAUGUGGAGUCCAUGCAUACGAGUGGCAACUUUGGUUUCCUGAAACCUACCGGCCGUGCCACCUUCUAUCCUAACUAUGGACUCUAUCAGCGCAGUUGUUUAUAUUUGGGUUGCUCCCACAUACGUGCCUAUCAAAUGUUUGCCGAAUCCAUCAAUACACCUCAGGGCUUCUGGGGCACACCCUGCGAGCGGACUGAGAAAAAGUGGAAGUGUGAUGAGAGCCAGCGACAAGCCUAUAAAAUGGGCGGUGAACCGUCGAUACCCAAGGCAGGCAUUUACUAUGUGAAGACCUCCUCAAGCGAGCCCUUCGCCCUAGGCAGAUAACUCGGAGUGCUUCUAAUGUUAUUUUGAUUAAGUGAUAAGCAGAAACGCAAUUUAUGUUUAAUAUGUGAUAAUGAGCCUGCGCGUAGACGCAUGCGCACACUAGAACUGAGAACUUCGAUUAAAUAUAUCAAUAAACCACGAUAACUCAAUAAUUGUGUUUUACAAUCCUACACAUUCCAAUGCUCUUUUUUCAGACAAUUGUGAAAUUUAAUUAAAGACAUAAACUUGCAUAAA